AUGGUAAAAGACCUGCGGAUGGUAUCGCGUCUGGUGAUCCUCCACGAGGAAGCUGAAGAUGGCAACGCGAUGCCAGACCUGGCGAGGCCGGUGCAAGCCGUGUCUCUCGCUGUCAACAACCUCGUCAAAGUGGGACAUGAAACCAUUGAGUCUUCAGAAGACGCUGUCCUCAGACACGACAUGCCGGGCGCCCUGCACCGCGUCGAGACAGCGGCCACACUGCUGCAGCAGGCCUCCGAUAUGCUAAGAGCUGAUCCUUAUUCCGGACCCGCUAGAAAGAAGUUGAUCGAGGGUUCCCGUGGUAUCUUGCAAGGAACAUCUGCUCUACUGCUGUGCUUCGAUGAGUCUGAAGUCAGGAAGAUUGUUAAGGAGUGCAAGAAGGUGCUAGACUACCUAGGUGUGGCGGAGGUCAUAGACACUAUGGAGGACCUGGUGCAGUUCCUCAGAGACAUCUCGCCUGCACUCUCCCGGGCAGCCAGAGAGGUGGCAGCCCGCGCGGCCGAGCUGACCCACCCUCCGCACGCGGAGACCCUCAACCGCUGCCUCGACAGCGUCAAGCAGCUCGCGCCCGUACUCAUCUGCUCCAUGAAGAUCUACAUACACAUACUUACUGAAGGAGGCAAGGGUAUGGAAGAAGCUGCGGAGAACAGAAACUAUUUAGCUCAAAGGAUGGCUGAUGAAAUACAUGAGAUUAUACGUGUCCUCCAACUGACAUCGUACGUGGAAGACGGUGGCGAGAAAGACAACGUCACAGUACUGAAGGCGUUGCAGCAACAGAUACACGCCAAGAUGGCCGCCGCGCACGAGUUCCUCAAUGACCCGGACGCGCCCCGCACGGGUCCGGGCGAGCGCGCGCUGCGCGGCGUACUGACGUCGGCGCAGCGUGCCGCCGAGCACCUCGCGCCCCAACCUGCUGAACUCACUCGCAGGCUCGUCCGAUCGGGAGGUACAAACGCUGACCAGCUUUGCGACGAGCGACAGUAUGGACACGGGAGAGAAGCCAAGGCACUGAACCUAGCUUCAGACCUUCGUCACCAGAUCAAUGAGCUGGACGCCAUCGUGAAUGAGGGAGUCAGGGCCGCUGAGAAGCAAGGUGGAAAGACCAUGCAGGCUAGAUUGGAGACAGCCCACAAAUGGUUGCUGCACCCCGCUGCGGACCCGGUGACCAGGGUUGAGGGCCAGAAGGCCAUCAAUAGCAUCGUGUCGCAGGGACAGAGGAUUGCUGAUGGUCUCCAAGGUAGAGAAAAGGCAGAAGUACUACAACUUUGUUCUGAAGUACAGCGUCUAUCCGACAAGUUGGCUGAUUUAUGCGCCAGCGGGAAGGGGGAUACCGAGGAAGCCAGAGCUAUCACCAGGGAACUAACGGACAAGUUACACGAGUUGAAGCGAGCGACGGAGCGCGCCGUCGUCAAUCGCGUCGUCGAGGACUUCAUUGACGUCGCCGCCCCACUCCGGCAUUUUACUGACGCUGUUAAUGCACCGCCAGGUACCCCGGGGCGGGAGUCUCAUUUCCACGACAAGGCGGCGGCCCUCGCCGCAUUCAGCGCGCGCGCCGCCGCCGCGGCCGGCGUCGUCGCCGCCGGAGUAGGACACAACAAGAGGCUUGCUGACCAACUCAUACAUAAUGCGCAGCAGGUUGAAAAGCUCUCACCUCAACUGAUUGCAGCAGGCAAAAUCAGACUGUACAACCCAGACAGUAAGGUGGCAGAGGAACAUUUCAACAACUUGAAGAACCAGUACGCGGACGCCGUGCUCCGUGUUAGAGACCUGUGUGACCAGGCCGUAGACCCGUUGGACUUUGUCAGGACUGCUGGCGAGCUGAUGCAGAAGCACACGUACCUGUGCGAGGACGCGAUACGUAACAACGACUCUCAGAAGAUGGUCGACAAUACUUCCGCUAUUGCUAGGCUGGCGAACCGUGUCCUGUUGGUGGGCGGUGCGGAGCGCGAGAACACGGAGGACGCGUCGUUCGCGCGGUCGCUGGGCGCGGCGCAGCAGCGGCUGCAGGCGGCCAUCGCGCCCGCCGUGCGCUGCGCCAAGGCCGUCGCGCUCGGCGACCGCGCGCACGCCGCCGCAUGGCGCGCCGCCAACGCUGAGAUAAUAAACGCAGCAGGAGAAGUAGAAUCAGCGCUGUCGGGUCACUAUGCGCCGGCGCCGCCGCCGCCCGCGCUGCCGGAGGCGCUGUCCCGCCUGCACGUGGCGGACGCGGCCGCCCCGCCGCGCCCCCCGCCCCCCACCGGCGCCGCGCCCCCGCCGCGCCCCCCACCGCCUGCUGACACUGAUGAUGAGGGAGAGGAUAUCUUCAGAAGGCAACCUCAUCCAAGCCAGCCUAUUUUGGUGGCGGCCCACAACCUGCACAAGGCAGUCCGCGAGUGGUCGUCGAAGGACAACGAGAUCAUCGCCGCCGCCAAGCGGAUGGCCAUACUCAUGGCCAGGCUGUCCGAACUCGUGCGAUCCGACUCCAAGGGUAGCAAACGUGAGCUCAUUGCUACGGCAAAGGCGAUCGCUGAAGCUUCAGAGGAAGUCACCAGGCUUGCCAAGAAACUGGCUCUCGAGUGCACUGACAAGAGGAUUCGAACUAACCUCCUGCAAGUAUGUGAGCGUAUCCCGACGAUUGGCACCCAGCUCAAGAUUCUGUCCACCGUCAAAGCGACCAUGCUUGGCGCUCAAGGUAGCGAAGAAGACCAGGAAGCGACGGAGAUGCUGGUCGGCAAUGCUCAGAACUUGAUGCAGAGCGUGAAAGAAACAGUGAAGGCUGCAGAGGGUGCCUCAAUCAAGAUCCGCACGGAACAAGGCGGCUACCGUCUGCGCUGGGUGCGCCGUUCCCCCUGGUACCAGAUCUAGAUACCUAAACACAUACCUUCACCAACAUCUAUAAUACCUGGAUUCAAAGGGCCUGAACUAUCCUUGUCAUGUUAAAAAAAUAUGUAGGUACUUGGAAAAUUUCUACAAGACUUCUGAUUCAACCGGUACAAGAAGUUCUUGUUAGACUCUAGAUGUCAAAAAUAUCUUUUUUUAUGAAAACAGACCUAUUAGCAGGAAGAUCUAAUAAAAUAUAAGCGUAAAUGCUUGGAUUUGAGAAUACUGGCGCCCAACGUGGGACACAAACAAAUUACUCUAACGAAAAUAAAU